CAAUAAGCUGUAGUUGUUCUGGAGACUAUAGUGUAUCUUUAAAUAUCUUUUUGGGGAGGCUAGCUCUUUGGGGCUGGCCACAGACUUUGAUUCUUACAAGCGGACGUGUUUUACCUUGCAGAUACACCAAACUUGGAUAUGCUGGGAAUACGGAGCCACAGUUUAUCAUCCCAUCAUGUGAGUACUCACCUCUUGGCAGUUUAAUGUUUGAGUAGGCUUACUUCAGUGAGCUGUUUUGUGAAGACAAGUGUAACUUUUUUUUUCUAAGGUAUCGCCAUCAAGGAAUCUGCCAAGGUUGGUGACCAAGCUCAAAGGCGCCUCAUGAAAGGAGUCGAUGACCUGGACUUCUUUAUUGGGGACGAAGCAAUCGAUAAACCAACCUAUGCUACUAAGGUAUUGGUGCGGGAUGAGGGCUCAUCUGGGGCUACAGAACGACCACAUAAAUGCAUUUUACCAGGAAUAAACGUGUUCUAUUUUGUACCUUGGUAGCCUGAUACACAUUACAGCUUGUAUAUAUUGUCCCCGCGCUUUCUCAUCAUGCUCGUGUUUGGGUAUUGAGUCACGCUCCUUUUUUUUCUUUCUUUUUUUGUAGUGGCCGAUUCGUCAUGGUAUAGUGGAGGACUGGGACCUCAUGGAAAGAUUCAUGGAGCAAGUCAUCUUCAAGUAUCUUCGAGCUGAACCUGAAGAUCAUUACUUUCUUUUGGUAGGGGUUAUCGAGCAGUUUAUUACAUACAAUAUCCGUGCAGACAUCACUGGAUAGAAUAUUCCCAUUUAAUUUCUUAACAGAAAAAAAUAUAAUCUUUCCAAAUAAAGUUAACCUGUCGUCAAUUUCUAUACUUCUUUUAAGUCAGCCAUAAAUGCAUUGAAUACAUCAUCUAUCUCCGAUAUAAUCUCCUCACUCCGCCAUGUGGGUAUCACUCCAGUCCUGCCUUAGCUUAGCCCGGUCCCCUCUGUGGUUGGCUUUACUAAACUCCUACGUAGUAUCUGUGCUUUCUAUGUGUGGAGAGCAGAAGGCCCACCGUGGGAACGCUCUUCUGCUCUCCCUUGUCAGUUGUUCUAUGCUGAAGAAUUGAUUGACAGGUGGAUAUGACAUUCUCCAUAGAGAGGAUAAUGAGGGUGUCCUUGGAUCUGAGAAGGAAGUAAAUGGCUGUUGACGUUCUCCCGUGUGCAUUAUUUAAUACAGGUCACUUUAGAUUUUUCUAGAGGCAGACAAAUCGCUUGAUCUCAGUCUGAAUGAAAGGAUGUGUCUAGUUUUCAUGAUAGUGAGACGUUUCUCGCAGGAAGCACCUGAUUGCACGUCAUUUGAUGUCACUCUCCAUCUGUAGAUACUGCCUUCCUGUUUCGUUAACUAGUGUUUAGCGCAUGCUCUGGGCAGCAUUUGGGCAGUGUAAGUUAUUUUGUUUAUUAUCUACCUGUUUAUGUAUAGACGGGACAAGUAAUAUGUUUAUUUUAGUAGAUUAUUUGAGGUGUGUGUGUGUGUGUAUAAAGUGACUGAAGCCGGAUAUAUUACUGUGACAUGCUAAGUUGCUGCUGACUUAAAAAAUAAUGGUGAAAAAGAUUGAAUAAAAUCUGUUACUUUUGUCAGUGUUGCUGUCAUGAAAAUGUUGUGCAGGUAAAAAUACUGGUUUUACUGAAAGUUCUGUGAAAAUAUGAUCCCUCUUGUGGUUAAUUCAGCAGCUGUUAUUUUACGCUUAUAGAAACGUCCUUUAAACAUCAGCAAGUGACAACUAGAGCUGGCUAGAAUAUCAUAACCCUCUAGACUGUAAGCUCAUCAACCUAUUGUUCCUGUAACAUUUUGUAACUGUCUGUUAUUGUUAAAUCCCCCUUUAUAAUAUUGUAAAGUGAUGCGCAAUAAGUUGGCUCUUUAUAAAUACCAAUAAUAACCCUUCCAUUACAUCACAGCAAAUAUCUCUAUUAACACAAUCAAUGGCAGCGAUAUCACAGGAGAAGUAUUUAUCUUGCACUCACAGCAGCUCCAGUGACAAAUGUCACUCCUUUCUAACAUGUGAGCACAGUUAAGCAUUUGUGCCCAUAUUAAUGAGAUUGCAUUAGAGUUGGUGUGAUUUUACCAUAUCAUCAAUAUUUACUAUAGGCAUCAAUACAGCUUUAGAUUAAUUAAGUAGUUUUGGUGUAUAGAUCAUGCCCCUGCAGUCUCACUGUUCAAUUCUCUGCCAUUUGGGCGUUAAAACACUUUUUCUGUUUCUUCGGCCUUGCAUGAAAAAAUGGUUACUUUCUCAAUCACAUGUUAGCUUACUUUAGAAGUUUAUCUCAUGCUCUAUAAAAUGAACAUUAACCCCUUAAGGACACGUGACAUGUCAUGAUUCCCUUUUAUUCCAGAAGUUUGGUCCUUAAGGGGUUAAAGGGACACUAUAGUUACUCAGACCACUUCAGCUCAAUGAAGUGGUCUGGGUGCCAGGUCCCCCAGGUUUUAACCCUUCAGAUGUAAACAUAGCAGUUUCAGAGACUCAGACAGCCGCUAGAGGCGCUUCUGCGACUCUGGAUGCGAAAAUCGCAUUCAGCGUGCAGAACGUCAAUAGGAAAGCAUUGAGAAAUGAUGUGUCAGUCACAACCAGGGGUGGUGUGGCCAGAUCUGUAUAAACUCCUAAAUGACACAGAAUUGAGCAGUGAGAUUGCAGUGGCAUGAUCUAUACACCAAAACUGCUUCAUUAAGAUAGUUGUUUUGCUACCUGUAGUGUCUCAUUAAGUAGAGGUAUUUCAUUAGUGUAACAACCACCAACCUGGCAUGAUGGCUGCAUUGUUGGCACUGUACAAUAGAGUGGUAAGUAGUUAUCUUUUAUAGCUAAUUAUAUUUUUGUUUUGUCCCCCUACCACUGGUUUAACCCUUUCUUUUCUUUUACUUUGCCAAUGCUAGACUGAGCCUCCACUGAACACCCCUGAAAACCGGGAGUACACUGCAGAGAUUAUGUUUGAGUCUUUCAAUGUUCCCGGAUUGUACAUUGCGGUUCAGGUGAGUGAUCUCUCCGGCUACUGAUUUACCAUGUUAGUCUCUGUACAUUGCGGCUCAGGAUUUUGACUGUUCUUGGAUGAGUGGAACUUCUGUUGGGUCUGAGGUUUAUCAUGUCAUGAACACCUGCUUGAGUGGGGUUUUACGGCUUAACAUUAAGGGAGAGUGUUUAUAUGUAAUGGACUGUAUGUGUGCCCUACUUGGUGAGUGUGAAGCAUUCCUUUUUAAUGAGCUCUGUGUGUUGGAUUUGUGUCAAGGGUUCUGUUAAUGGUCUGUUUGGUGGGCCAUGCGCCUCAGCGGGUUCUCUUGGUGAGCCGUGCGCCUCGGCGGGUUCUAUUGGUGAGCCGUGCGCCUCGGCGGGUUCUAUUGGUGAGCCGUGCGCCUCGGCGGGCUCUAUUGGUGAGCCGUGCGCCUCGGCGGGCUCUAUUGGUGAGCCGUGCGCCUCGGCGGGCUCUAUUGGUGAGCCGUGCGCCUCGGCGGGCUCUAUUGGUGAGCCGUGCGCCUCGGCGGGCUCUAUUGGUGAGCCGUGCGCCUCGGCGGGUUCUAUUGGUGAGCCGUGCGCCUCGGCGGGUUCUAUUGGUGAGCCGUGCGCCUCGGCGGGCUCUAUUGGUGAGCCGUGCGCCUCGGAGGGCUCUAUUGGUGAGCCGUGGUCGGAGGCGUGUUCUAUUGGUGAGGCGUGUUCUAUUUGGUGAGCCGUGCUCGGAGGCGGGUUCUAUUGGUGAGUCGUGCUCGGAGGCGGGUUCUCUUGAUGGGCCGUGCGCUGCAGGUUUGAUUAUAGGAUUUUGUUAAAUUGUGUAAUUGGUUAUGUUUAUACUUUCUGUUUGUGAUUUUUCUCUCUAGGCUGUACUCGCUCUGGCUGCUUCUUGGACAUCCAGACAGGUUGGAGAGCGCACUCUGACCGGAACUGUCAUAGACAGUGGGGAUGGGGUCACUCAUGUCAUUCCUGUGGUAUGUGUUAUUCAAAACUUAAAAUGAAAGCUUUUUAUAUAGCUUUUGUUUGUUUUUUAAAUGUGAUCAGGGAUAUUUGCAAAGGUUCUCUAUUGGUUUCCGUUAUGUCUCCCUUUCUGUGUUCAGAUCUUCCUCCCGGGCUUUUCCCCUUUUUAUAGGUUUGGAUCCCCUGAAAUGCACUGCCGAUACCCCUGCUCUGUAGAUUCCUCUACAUUGCCAUUGUUUGUUAAUGCCUGUCUUUGUCCUCCAGGCAGAGGGUUAUGUGAUUGGCAGUUGUAUUAAGCACAUCCCCAUUGCUGGCCGCGACAUCACAUACUUCAUUCAGCAACUGCUCAGAGACCGAGAGGUGGGAAUUCCUCCCGAGCAGUCUCUGGAAACUGCUAAGGCAGUGAAGGUAAGCGUAACUUGGGUUAUGACAAGAAUGGUACGUUUCCGUGAUUGGGGCGGUUUAUGGAUUGUAAUACAGGGAAAUGAAAGACUAGCUGGGUAUGGACAUAGACAAAUGCCGAGAGAGAUCCCCAGGGUGAUAUGAUAGAAAUAUUUAAAUACAUUAAGGGAAUCAAUGCAGUAAAGGAGGAGACUAUAUUUAAAAGAAGAAAAACUACCUCCACAAGAGGACAUAGUCUUAAAUUAGAGGGACAAAGGUUUAAAAAUAUCAAGAAGUAUUACUUUACUGAAGUGGUAGAGGUUAACACAGUAAAGGAGUUUAAGUCCUGUCCUAAUGUGUUUUACACCCCACCUCCUAUAGAAUGUAAGCUAGAUUGAUUCAACCUAUUGUUCCCGUAAGUUUAUUUGUAAUUGUCCUAUUUAUAGUUAAAUCCCCCUCUCGUAAUAUUGUAAAGCAUUACGGAAUCUGUUGGCACUAUAUGAAUGGUAAUAAUAAUAAGCAUGCGUGGGAUAGGCAUAAGGCUAUCCUAACUAUAAGAUAAGGCCAGGGACUAAUGAAAGUAUUUAGAAAAUUGGGCAGACUAGAUGGGCCGAAUGGUUCUUAUCUGCCGUCACAUUCUAUGUUUCUAUGUUAGGAGCAGCAGGAAGAUGAAUGUAUCUUUUACUUAUAGGAACGUUUUAGCUACGUCUGCCCUGACUUAGUUAAAGAAUUCAGCAAGUAUGACACAGAUGGCCUGAAGUGGAUCAAGCAGUAUACCGGGGUUAAUGCUGUCUCCAAGAAGGAGUUUAGUAUCGACGUUGGUUAUGAGAGGUUCUUGGGGCCUGAAAUAUUCUUUCACCCAGAGGUAAGAGCCAUAUCAUGAAUAUAUAUAUAUAUAUAUAUAUAUAUUUUUUUUUUUUCCUAUCUCUUUGCCGCUAAGAAUCCUUAAUUUUAUUGUCCCAGCAUAUAUCCUGUUUUGUUUUGUAUUUUAUUCCCCAAUUUACUGAUCAAACAAAUAUGCAUCCAGCUUCAGCUGCAUUAGUGAAGUAGUGAUUUUAGGGACCUGUUUAUCACCUAAUUCCAAUUGCAAUCUGGAAAUGCAAGUUAGACAAAUGCUUCUUGGAACAGGGCUAGGCAACUUUCAGCACCCCAGAUGUUGUAGACUUCUCAAAUGAUUCUUUGCAAGAAUUAUAAAGAGAUGUAGCCUACCCCUGCCUUAAACCUAUGAUAAUAAAAUGAAAAUCUAGAUCUGCAGACGUGCCUACUGUUAGUAUAGAUGUCAUGUCUUCCUGGCUGUCCUCUCCUGCAGCUCUGCGUCUGUACAGAGUAGGAGAGUGAAAAGGGAACAUGGCCCAAGAGUGUAGUUAUUAUUUCUGUCUAUAGGAAAAAGCAAUGAUGAUAAUGCCGCAUAUCCAAGACCAAAACCUAUCAAUUGAGCUCCAGUUGGAUUCGUUUCCAUAACGUCCUUUUUUUAUCUUUAAAUAUACAAAUUAAAGUUUGUCUGAAUAUUGAAUUUAUUAUACAAUUAAUCUGUUUUCUAGUUUGCCAAUCCAGAUUUCACCCAGCCAAUUUCUGAAGUGGUGGACGAGGUAAUCCAAAACUGUCCUAUUGACGUCAGACGUCCUCUUUACAAGGUAUGGGAAGAAAUGACUUUAUUUUACACACUAACACUAUUUAUUAUCAGUGCAUUCUGGGCAUGUUCACGAGAUCCGUCUUAUUCCCUUUGAACGCCAGUAACCUUGAAGAGACUCAGUAGUCUGAAUUGACUUGGUUUUUCUUCUCAUGGAACACUUUAUUGGUAUUUUCACAUUACAGCUGUUGGCACAUUUCAUUAUAAAAUGCAGUUCAUCACAAUAGUUUGACAAAGAAAGUGUAUUAUGCGAAGCAUAUAUGAUAAAUGAGAACCUGACAUAAAACAGUUUCAUUGAUUUCAGUGACAAAGAUUAUAGACACAACUGCAUGAAAAUAGUUUUAUUACAAAGUGAAUAUUGUAUAAAAGACAUGAAUCCAAACGAGUCAUCGGUCAUGUGCAUUACAAAGGACCAGCAAAAAGCUACAGCACCAAGUAUCAAUGCAGCAUGUUGGCAACUGUUUAGUAUUAAAACUGAUUUUUAAUGAGAGUGAACUGUAUAACUGUUCUAACAGCAGACACCCACAGCCUGCAAACCAGGGUCUAAUCAAAGAGAAAUCUAGCUGUCUUUAACCCCCUCAGGACCGUCAUCGGAAAAAUACCCUUGAGGACCAAUGACGAUAUUUACUUAUCUGAUUGCCGCAUUUCUCCCGGUGUCCCCCCUUGACGAAUUAGGACCCGCGACCAUGUGAUCGCUCUAACAGAGCAGUCACAUGGCCGCAAUAGGUGCCUGUGUAUCUGCCUGCAGGGGGACUGUCUGUGCUGUGUAUUUUUAUAUUAAUAUAGAAAUACACUUAUAAUUACACGUGUGUGUGUAUGUGUGUAUAUAUAUAUAUAUAUAUUAUACAUAACUAUAAUCAAAUAAUAAGUAAAUAUAAAUGUAAAAAUAAAAAAAUAUACUAACUGUAUUUUGAUAAUAUAUUUAUAUCAAAAUACACUUAGAAUGAAAUUAUAUGUGUGUGUGUGUGUGUGUAUAUCCAUAUACAAAAUUACAUAAAUAAUUUCAAAAAAUAUACACGUAGACUUCAAAUAUAGAUGUUUGUGUGUAUAUAUUUUUUUUGUAUAAAGGCCAAUUUAGCCGUAUAUGGAGUAGUUUCAAGUGAGAACGUAAGAUAGUAUAACUGAGCAAAGUCGGUUGUGUUGUGCCGAUACCGACGAUACGGUAGGCCUGUAAAUAAAGAGGGCAAAAAUUGAAUAAUCGAAAAUUUAAUACAGUCAACAAUUUAUACAAUUUCUUAAUUCUUGUGUAGGUUUUGGUAUGUAGUAUAGUGAAGGGUUAAGACCUAGCCUGGUUAACAGAGAUCUGAUGUAUCGCAUGAAAGUCACAGUAGUGAGUACAGAGCCUUUGAGUGAAAAUAGGUGUAGCAAUGGUAUUGAUGAGGUAAGUGAAAGGUAGGAAUCCAGUGUUGCUACUGGACACCAUUUGGUGUGUGUAGGAAAAUAGGUGAUCUCCACGGGAGGUGCAUGUGUGCUUGUUUUUAACUGAUGUAAUGCCAGUAUGUAGUAAUCCAUGUGUUUGCGUAUGUGUGUGCGUAGCAGACAUGUCUUUUUGAGUGGCGGUGAUAGUAGUGAAUUCCCUUGGCCUGAGGAACCCGUAGAAAGCUAUGUACAUGGCCGUUUUGAUGACUGCGUUGGCAGUAGAGUGAAAAGGUUUGGAGUCUAACAGGUCGGAUAAUAACUGGAAAAGGUUAUCUAUAGGUAAUCUCUGUGGAAGCGGUGGAGGGACGGAUUUCUGAAUACCUCCAAGUAUGUUCUUUACCUGAUAAGAUGACAUGAAACUCUGUGUAUUGGGUUGUAGAGUGAGCAUAUGAUGUUGAAUGCCUGUCAGGUAUAAUUUGAUUGUGUUGUAAGAUAAGUGUAAUGUAAGGUGGCAAAAAGAAGCAAAGGCUAUAAUGGAUGUCAUGACGAAAGGAUGCGUUAUGUCGUGGUUGGAUAGGAAUCUUGUGAAGAGUGUGAAGGCUCUGUUGUAUGCUUUGUGAGUGUUGGAUGAUAGUGCCAGUUUGGACAGAUCCCUGCUAUGUUGCAUAAUUAUUUCUAGUCCAUGGUUAGCUGCUGGAACGGAGGGGCGGCUGUGGCUGUAAUUGCUGCUGACGGGAGUGCUUGCUGAAAAGCCUGAAAGUUGAAAUGAGACAGACGGUCAGCUGCUAUGUUAGAAAUGCCUGGUAUAUAAAAGCAGACCAAGUAAAAAUUGUGGCGUGCUGCUAACCACGUGAGCUUCCUGAGAAAUCUCAUUGUUAAGGAUGAUUAGCAGCCUUUGUUAAUGAUGCGACAUGUUGCUUGGUUGUCUGUGUGGCAACGGACUGAUAAGCCUGACCAUUAAUGUCCCCAUGCCACGGCAGCUGCUACAAUGGGAUAAAUCUCAAAUAGAGCUGAGGUUGUAAAAAAGCCUUCUAAGUCAUAGACUUCUGCCGGCCACUUACCCCAAAGCCAAUUGUUUCCUAAGAUUGCUGCGAAACCUGUGGUAGACGCCGCAUCUGACCAUAUUGUUGGAGACGUGUCAGUCAAUUCUGGUAGGAACAAGCUUUUACCAUUCCAGGUGGUCAAGAAUUCUUUCCACAAAGAUAGGUCUGCCGUGGCAUGCUCAUCCAAGGAUAGUCUAUAGUUUUCAUGUUUGAAAUGUGGAAAAAGUCAGAAGUCUGGAUAUGAAAGCCCGCCCUUGAGGAAUGAUGCGCAUUGCAAAGUUCAAAGAACCUAUGAGGGAUUGGAGUUCCUUGCGGUUGCAAUUACCCAUCAAAAUGUAAUGGUUAAUGCUGUUAAGUAUGUUUGUGAUUUUUGUCUUGUGGUAAACUAGCCUGCAUGGAGGCAGAGUCUAAUUGUAUACCUAGGAAUGUAAUAAUUGUAUCUGGGCCUUCGGUUUUCUUGUUGAAUAUCGGGACUCCAAGGUGGUCAAACAACCUAAUAGUUGCUUUGAGACUCCUGGGGGGAAGGGAGUUUGCUUCAAUCAGUAAGAAAUCAUCCAGAUAAUGGAUGACUAUGGGGCAUCUAGACACAUUAAGUAACAACCAGCACAAUGUUUCCGCAAACGUGUCGAAGAUUUUGGGGCUACUUUUAGACCCAAAGCUUAAGCGGGAGAAAAAGUAAUAGUUAUCUGCCCAUUUUAUGCCAUGUAAGUGCCAUAGGGUGGGAUGGAUAGGUAGUAGUUUAAAGGCAUUGGUAAUGUCUGUCUUACUUAGCCAUGCUCCGAUCCCUGCUUGCAUAAUGGCUGUAAUAGCAUGGUCUAUAGUGGCAUAUGGCAGGGAAAACUCUUCAGAGGGAAUAAGAGAGUUCAGACUCGGUGUAGAUGAGGUAUGAGGGGCUGACAGAUCUAUUAUGAGUCUUUGUUUGAGGGAAGUUUUCCCCGUGACUAUCCCUAUGGGAUUUGUGCGCCAUGCCGUAAAAGGUGGGGUUUUGAAAGGCCCGAACAGGAACCCUUCUGCCAGCUCUUGUGCUAGGAGUGUGUCUAUGGCUGCUGGGUUUUGUUGUGGUGAUUGUAAAUUAGGGCAUUCGAGUUGGCCUGUGGGCAUAUGUAUAAUGCCUGUAUGAAACCCUUCUGAGAAUCCAGGAAUGAGAAAAUUUACCAUAUGUCUGGAAGGGUGAUUGGUUAAAAGUGCUGCAAAGACAUGAAUGUUAACAGACGUUAGGUACGGUUUAGGGUACAUUUUAUUAGGACACAUGGUAUGCGCAUGUGCCCUGAAACAAUGUGAACCAAUAUGCAGUGACCUACAUGCACUAUAGCUACAUGUGCCCACAUUGAAAUUAUUGCACACUUACGAUUUACCAAAGAAAAUGAUAGGACGACCCAGUUUGUCCCUGGUGAUUUUCUCAGUUCUACCCGCCUAGCUUGUGCUAGGUGACUGAUUACGGUCGUCUGCCGUGUGAGAACAGAAUUGGUAGUGUGAGUGGUAGAAGAGCAAGAUGCACAAGCCGGUGUUUUAAGACCUGCGAAGUGUCUACAGAAAAGCUCUGUAUCUAAUCUGCUCCAGUUGAUACGGGUACCAUGCUGAGAGAGAGCUCCAGACACUUUAGUGGAAAAAGACCUAUGGUAGUCAUAAAAAGCAGAUCCACCAUAUUACUUCCCCAGGUCCACCAGCUUGUGCAUAUAGCGAUCAAAUUCUUCCCUUCUAUUAGGGUAUACUUCACAAAUUACAUCUCUAAAAAUACCAAAGGCUAUCCCAAAUUCUGGAAUGGUCAGUUUACGGUUUAACCUUAGGUCUUUUAUUCUGACCACUACAGAAACCUUGUCGUACAUAUAGGUUUUGUUCUCCACCACAUCUUCGGAGGCAAUUAGUAGGGAUGCCAGGUUGACGUCUUUGUCUUCCAGGAUGUCUCUCUUAAUGUGGGCUGGGAUGGUGUAUGCAGGGUCAACGUCCUGAUAAUCUGAGGAGAUAACCAUACCCGUGGCCCGUGGAUCGGUUGGUGCCUGUUGAGCAAUAUCAGGAAGAGGUCUUGGUGAGGUCUGUGGUGACUGCCUCAAGAUUAGCCAGUCUGUCAUUGACCUUGCCCAUAGAGGUCAUGAGUGAGGCCAGUAUAGCCUGGAUGUCACCUGAACUGGUGUUGCUGGGGCUUUCCCCUGCUUCCGUGUUGUCGAUUUGUAGUAUUAAGGAGUUUGAAUAGUUCAGCUUUUCUUGCUGUGGCAGGGUAAGGGAUUUGUCGCCUCCUUAACGCCGUGGUGAUACGUGGGAUCGUCCAGGAUCUAAUUGAUGCUGGACUGGCAAUGUCUCCUCUACGAGAGGGUGUCUCGACCCUAGUUGGGGUGGCAUGAAGUGAUAGCUCUUCAUCACCUUCAAGAGACAUACUUAAAUAAAAGGAAAGAUAGAUUUAUUAUUUGAACAUAUUACUUUAGUACUGGCUACUAGCUAUGCCGUGAGGCGAAACGAUUAUGCUUAUUGUUUAUUGGUGACAGGUGAGGCCCUUCUAGUUGCCAAGCGGCUUGAGAGGCUCUAUCUAUGGAUGGCGCGAGGGGAUUGUUGUGGCGGGAUGUCGGCCUCUCUGUGACUGUAACCAGAAAAUAGGAAAGGGAGUGACAGGUGAGGCCCUCUCUGUGCAACGUGCGAGGCGGCUAGCUCACGUGUGGCCCGAGGGGUGUUUGCUUCUGAGUUUGCAGCGGGGUGUUGGCCUCGCGGGACCACUAAUCCUAAGCAUGAAUGCAGAAAUGGGGGAAUUAACUUUUGGCCCCUAUGACUCUAAUUGCCAGUACUUGUCUGUCCUGUUGGGGAUUUGAAUGGUUCUACUGUAAGCAGGUGUACGUACCUGGUAGUAUAGGUUAUUGAACCUGGUAAUCCGUAUAGGUAAUAGUACCUUUUAACUAAAUAGAUGCACCGUAUGAAAAUAUAUACAAGUGACAUAAUUGUAUUAUCUUAAUUAUGUUCGUAUUGACCUGUAUAGGCCAGGAAAUGGUGAUUGUAAGAUCUCCUUGACCCUGUAUGUCGCCUUAUAAUGGUAGGAAUUUGUAGUAGUAAAGGCAAUUUGUAUAAAUGUAUGUAUACUUUCCUAGGGAGAAGUAUGGUAUAUCUGUGAGAUUGUGUAUGGUGUACAGGAACUUAAUGUGAUAUUUUAAUAAUGGUAAUAUCCUUGCCGACCUGAAGGUAGCAGUGUGGAAUCUUUAACCAUGUGAAUACCCAUAUGUGUAACUGGGACCUGUUUGUUAACCCAUUCGUAAGUAUAUUUCUCAGCAUGUUACUAUUAUAUUCCCCAACAAUUGUCCGUUCGUGUGUUUAACCGUGCGAACUGGACAACAUAAGACUAGCAGGGUAUGCUUAGUAUAUGUGAGAAUUGUUCGUGCGAUGUGCCGAGUCCCGAACAGUAAUUGACCGGAGAAUCAGUAACUUGUAUUUGUAUAGCGUGUUCGUGCGUUUGACCGCACGAACGUCAGCAUGUAUGCAAAAUUUUUAGCGAUUAAUUAUAUGUCAUAUAAGUACCGAACGUUGCAACGAAAAUGCUGUGUAAGCGAAGCUGAACCCGGAUGGAUAUAAUAUAGCGAUAUUUAAGUGCUGAAAUAGCCAAACGCGUACAGUAAGUGAGGACCUGAACCGUAUGUGAUGCCGUGGGCCUUGUUGCCUGGCGUGACGGUUAGGUCUACUUACUGUUUAGUAGUCCCUAGGACGUGAUCCGCGGCGAUAGUAAGCAGUAGUUGCUCCAAAAGAAAUCUGCAGAAGGAUUCCUGGACACUGUUCAGCGAUGGAAACCUCGUGGGACACAGAAGUAUUCCAAAAUGGCAACUGGAUGAACCGGAAGUGCAUUCAGACGCUGACCUUGAACGGUGUGGAGACAGAUAAGGGAUGCACCUUAUAUAGGGGAGUGGUUUAAUACCAGCCCUUUCCACAAAUACAGGCCAAACAGCCUUAACACACAUAUAUACAAUGCUGCACUCACUGUGUCUUCCAAUGACUGCCUGGUGCUAGUUGGCUAAAUAUAGAAGGAUAAAGUAGAUGGCACUCCACAGUCUUUUUCAUCAAUAAAAAAUAACUUAUUGCUCCAAUAUGUCCUGAUGAAGGUCUGAAUUUGCAGACUGAAACGUUGAGUUUUAACUUGGAGCAAUAAGUUUUUUUUAUUGAUGUAGAUAACUUGAAAAUGUUAAGUGGUCUUUCUUAAAGCAUUUAACCCCUUAAAGACACAUACACGUAUUCAGCCCAUGUCUCAAGUGUAAAACAGUACCCCCUAUGUACAGGUUUUAUGGUGUUUUUGGAAAUUACAGGGUCAAAUAUAGAAUGUUUAAUUUUUCAGUUUUUUUCACAUUGAAAUUUGCCAGAUUGGUUAUGCUGCCUUUGAGACCGUAUGGUAGCCCAGGAAUGAGAAUUACCCCCAUGAUGGCAUACCAUUUGCAAUAGUAGAUAACCCAAGGUAUUUUUUUUAGUAGCCACUUAGUCAUAAAAACUGGCCAAAAUUAGCGUUCAUCUUUGUGUGUGAAAAAUGCAAAAAACUAAUUUGAACGCCAAUUUUGGCCACUGUUUGUGACUAAGUGGAUACUAAAAAAGACUGGACUUAAAAAUAUUACAUAAGUGUGUGUGUAUAUAGAUGCAUAUAUUUCGUUCUGUGUAUUUUUCUAUCAAUAUAUAUUAUCAAAAUACAGUUAAAACGAAAUUACACAUAUAUAUUUUAACGUGUGUUAAAUGAAUGUUUGUUGCCCAGGUGCUUAGAGUAACCAUGUGAUUGCAAUUCCCACCUUUCUCUUUGGUACCUGGAUGCAAAGACUUGACUUUUUACAUGUUUAGAUCCAUGGAAUAAAACCAUGGUUAAUCAGUGUAUGACAUUCUCCGACACCUGUAAUCACAGAGUGCUGGUCAAUGCAAACUGAACAAGGUACCAGGAGAGAUCGUUAAUGGAUUCCAUUGGAUUCUAGACUGAUGGAAGGAUUUGGCUCUAGAAGUAGACAUUAACUUGUUUUUAUGGCACACCACCUGUAUUCUGCUAAACCGAGUAAAGGUGUUAGUCUUGUUCUAAGAGUUUAUCAAAAUCUUCCAUAGAUGGUGUCGUGUACUAAGUCUUAAUGCUGUAAAUAACUUUCUUCCUGUUUCCUUUCUAGAAUAUUGUACUUUCUGGAGGGUCAACGAUGUUCCGGGACUUUGGCCGACGUUUGCAGAGAGAUUUAAAAAGAACGGUAGAUGCCAGACUGAAGCUUAGUGAGGAGUUAAGUGGAGGAAGGCUGAAGGUAAUGAGAUGGCACUUACUCAAAGUCUGGUCUUUGGGCUUUAUUCUCCUGUAAUUUAAAUAAAUAUAUAUUUUUUUAAUGUAUUUAUUUUUUAAGCCGAAGCCAAUUGAUGUCCAGGUCAUCACUCAUCACAUGCAGAGAUAUGCUGUCUGGUUUGGAGGGUCCAUGUUGGCGUCCACGGUAUGUGUUUUUUGUUUGUUAAUAACAUAAAAGGCUGCUUUGGUUUAAAACAGGAUAAGAAGAUACUUGGUAUUUCCAGUGGAAACAGGAUUUUUUUUUUUUAGUAAUUUCUGCUUCCAGUUUUUCUAAUUAGCCUUAAACUUUGAAUUUACUUUCCAUUUUCACGUAAGUGGAUAAUGUUGCGAACCACAGGUAACCUGACCGGUUACUUCCACUGAUUCUCUUCCUUCAGCCAACCAGGAACCAUUUAAAAUACAAAGAGACCCAUCUUCCUUCCCAGUAACUGGACGACACACUGUCCUGGAGGCACAACAACCACUUUAUUGGCCACACAAGGUUUUUAUACAUACCCCAUUCAAGGGGUGUAUCAUACCAAAAACUAGUGUUCCUUCCUGGGUUCCCAGCACGGGAAAGGACUCUGUUCCAUUUGUCCCCAACUCCCACCACUAAAGAUAUAGGGUUUCCCACGACUGCCGCUAGGGGGUCUUCUUCCCAAGAGCCUCUGUGCCUGGGAAUCUAGGCACAGGAACAAGGGACGGUCCCUUUGCCUCCCAGUCACAGAAAGCCUACCCUCUGGAAAAGAGCUGAUCUUUGUCCCUGCAUGCACCGAAAAGCCCGCCCAACUUGCCAGUGCCCACACCAAUCUCAGGGACUCUCACAGCGGUACCUCCCUUGACCGGUCUCUGCUUGCAAAGUCCCUGUGUGAAAUCCUGCAAGGGAAGCGUCUCCUUUCGGAAAACGAAUGCUUCUGGACGGCAUUCGUCUAUACGAAAUAGCGGCCACCCAGGGGAGCAUUCAUUAAUUACUUCCUUUGCUGGUUUCAAACGUAGGUUGCAAGUGAGAACGUUCUAAUGGGCACUGGAGAGGUCCUCAUUCGGGAAACUAACGAGUCGGAAAACAAUCCACGAACGCUCCCCUUGGCUGACGUACGGCUGUACGAAUGGCGGCCGCCCAGGGAAGCGCUCAUUAAUUGUUUCCCUUGCGGUUUGACACUUUUCUUGCGAGGUGUGAAGGUUCUAAACGUACAUUCUAAAUGAGGUACCGGGUUGGUCCCCGUUUGGGAAGUGAAUGAAUUCCCCUCGCGGAAGCACAAAAAGGGAAGGGAAGCGGGCACAAUGUACGAAGAGAUAGGGGAACACACGUAAUAUCACAAAGGCAAUUCACAGACGGGCAGCAGUCCAGCCACAGAUAACUCUGAAAAAACACAUACCAGAAAGUAGGUAACUACAAUGCAAAAAAUAAAGAGAAAAACAUAGCUCAAUAUUGCCGUGUACAAAAUUAUAUUAAAAUCUGUAAAAGUACACUCACAAACCCAAAUUGAUUGAAACUUUUACAGAUUUUAAUAUUUUGUACACAGCAAUAAUUAGUUUUACUUCUUUCCCACAAAUGGGUUUCUGAUAUACUUAGUUCAUUGUCAGAGUUAUCUGUACAAAUAUACCAACAGAAGAAUGUUCUCGCUUUGUAUAGUGCGAUUUAAUUAGCAUAAUCAUUCUUUUACUAUGGAUGACUAUUUCAUUUUGGUUCUGGUUUUCUGACAAUUUUAGUAUUAAACUACUAUAUUAUAUUGACUUUUUUUUUCAACUUUCAAUGAUUGUCUACUUGUUUUUUCAGCCUGAAUUUUACCAAGUGUGUCACACCAAGAAGGACUAUGAAGAGAUUGGGCCGAGCAUCUGUCGUCACAACCCCGUGUUUGGGGUCAUGUCCUAAGCUCUGUGUGUGAGGGGCCAUCUGGUUUUCUUGUAUGUUUGGACCGCUUGUUAACGUGUCCUGAAGCACAGUGCAAAGACCCCAGGAGUGGUUCGGGCCCCUUGGAUAAUUAAUUCAUCAAAAUACAGUGGCUUGCAUAUGUUACUGGACUUUGUCAGCAACCAUAUGAACAUGGUUUGUGCACAUGUGUGUCUAAACAGUGCAUGUGUGUGUUCCAUGUAAAAUCUAUAUAGAACAUGGUACAUGAGAUCUGGAAAAUUACUUUAUCCUUGGACCAAUUUGUAGCUUUCGGUUCCUUAUUAAGCUGCUGUUAGGCUGAGGUUGACGGAACCAAUCUGCUUCUAUUAUUCCCAAUGCUUUCUGCUUACAAAGACUAGUGAUUGAUAAGUGCAGUUGUAUGGUCGUUUUCUGAUUAAAAUAAAUGGUUAAAAGAAUGAUUUGUGAAGCCUAAAAAUAUGGAAAUAAUAACCAUGAAAUCUUUUUACAAGCACUAGUUGUGUCUGUUUUAUAUCCUGUUCUCCAUAUUGAGGAGAUUCCAGGUCUCUUCUGGUUGGUAAUGUCCAAGGUUCAAGGUGCUGACUGUAUGCACUAGGCUGUCAGUUGCUUGUAAUUGAUCAAACAAUUGCACAUUUUAGGACAUUUUUCGUGGAUUUGUAAAUUUCCAUCUUGGCUAAUUGUCUAACUGCACUAAUUGGGCUUGAAAUUGGCAAUUUACUUAUCAAUUGCUGUAAAUUCAGACUUUCUACAUUCUAUAUGAGCAUUUUCUCUAAAUGGUGAAUUGUGAUGUGAACGCUGAAAUAAAAUAUCGCUGAUGGAAUAAAAGUCUUACAAUUUUU